AUGUAUUUUUAUCUUCGUGAACCAUUAUCAUCUAUAACAAGUAGUAAUACAUCAUUUUCAUCCGAUAAUUCUUAUCUACCUAAUAUUAAUCCAUCAGCUGGUCUACGUCAAUUAUCUGUAGAUGAACUUGAUGAAAUUAAUUCAACUGGUUUCAAUCGUCAAGAUUCAAUACAACGAGAAUCAUAUAAUAUUUCACGUUCAUUAUUUGCUAUACCACGUCCAACUAUAUAUUUACCUACGAAUAAUUUAUUAUCGACACCUUGUACAAGAUUUACACAUGCACGACAAUCAUCUAGAUCAUCAGAUCCAUCUUUAAGAACACAUCAUUGUGAACGACCAAUCUAUCAAAAUGUAUCAUCACUUCCAGUUCUUCCUCCAGUAAUACCAUCAUAUCCUAUUCAAUAUCAAAUUCAACGAUAUGCAACAAUUCCUGUUACUCGUUCAAAAAAACAACAAAAAUCUAGACGCGAAAGACCUCCAGGUUUAUUUACAACUCUUUUUACCGGUGGUUUUAGUACGAUUUCAGUACUGAUUUACUUAAUAUUUCUCCUUAGUUUACCUAUAGCUAAACUCGUCUUAGGUAUUCUCUAUAUGAAAGAAUGUCCUGUAAAUAGAAACAUUCCAUUAUAUAUGAUCGUCGCUGGUGCAUGUGGUUUAGCUCUUGUUAUUUUAUUACUUCUUUCAUCUGCAUGUACACUCUGUCGAUCUACAGCUAAUACAAAAAAACCAUAUCAUUGUUUAAUGAUAUGUACAAUUAGUUUAGCUCGUGGUUUACAAGGUGUUAUAGGUAUAUUUCUUUUUAUUUGGUUUUUAUUUGGUAAUAUUUGGAUAUUUAAUGCACGUGUUCGUGUUCGAACAGAUAAACCAAAUGAUAUAAAUAAUUAUUGUCAUCCAACACUUUAUUGGUUUGCAUAUUAUAUUUUAAUUUUUACUUAUAUCUAUGCAUUUUUAACUUGUUGUAUUAAAUUUUGUCUUAAUUGUUUUUGUUGUGGUGCAUUUAAUGAAUGGCAUAAAGCAUUUUCAUAA